AUGUUUGGCUCUGCUACAGAGAAAAACUGCACCACUCGCUUCGAUAAUCUCAAUCUAAAACACAGAGAGUCAUAUUUCUUCAGACUUGAAGGCAGCGGCGGACUGCAAUAUAGCUACAACAGUCCCCAACACUCUCAAGUGGAAAUCGUCUUCAUAGAGUCUCCACCCAAACCCACAGUGCGUCUGUUUCAGGAUCAGCGGGAGGUGAUGGAGGUGACAGAGGUGAUAGAGGGAAAAUCAGUGACUCUGAGCUGCUUUAUGAUCUACUGUCCAUCUCAAUCAUCAUUUCUCACAUGGAGCUCAACUCUUAAAAACCUCAUCAAUGAAGACGUCACACAAAAGCAGCAUCAAAGCCAAACACAUCGCUUCUCUGAUCUGACGUUCACUGUAACUCACCGUCAUCAUAGAGUUAAAUUCACCUGCAUUUCAACACACUACACACGGCAGCAGAUCACAACAUCCAGCACCCGUCAGCUACACGUUCAGUAUGCUCCUAAAAGCAUAUCUGCUCAUGUUAAUGGUGUAGCAGUGGAGGGUCAUUCAGUGACUCUGAGCUGCAGCAGUGAAGCAAACCCAGCAGUCAAAUACAGCUGGUACAGACACACUGAAGGAGACCUGAAACCAGUGCCGACUGGACCAAACCUGAUCCUCAGAAACAUCAACCGGUCACACAGUGGACGAUACUACUGUAAUGCUAAAAACCAACAUGGGACUCAGAAAGCAUCAGUGCUGCUGGACGUCCAGUAUGCUCCGAAAAGCAUAUCUGCUCAUGUUACUGGUGUAGCAGUGGAGGGUCAUUCAGUGACUCUAAGCUGCAGCAGUGAAGCAAACCCAGCAGUGAAGUACAGCUGGUACAGACACACUGAAGGAGACCUGAAACCAGUGCCGACCGGACCAAACCUGAUCCUCAGAAACAUCAACCGGUCACACAGUGGACGAUACUACUGUAAUGCUAAAAACCAACAUGGGACUCAGAAAGCAUCAGUGCUGCUGGAAGUCCAGCAUCCUCCAGAAAAACCAUCUGUUCAAACAUACGAUGUGAUUGUGGAGGGUCAUUCAGUGACUCUGAGCUGCAGCAGUGAAGCAAACCCAGCAGUGAACUACAGCUGGUACAGACACACUGAAGGAGACCUGAAGCCAGUGCAGACCGGACCAAACCUGACCAUCAGCAACAUCAACCGGUCACACAGUAGACAAUACUACUGUACAGCUGAAAACCAACAUGGGACUCAGAACACAUCCGUGCUGCUGGACGUCCAGUAUGCUCCUGAAAGCAUAUCUGCUCAUGUAAGUCCAGCUGGUGUGAUUGUGGACGGUCAUUCAGUGACUCUGAGCUGCAGCAGUGAAGCAAACCCAGCAGUCAAAUACAGCUGGUACAGACACACUGAAGGAGACCUGAAACCAGUGCAGACCGGACCAAACCUGAUCAUCAGCAACACAAACCCAUCACACAGUGGACAAUACUACUGCAGAGCUGAAAACCAACACGGCGUUCAGAACACAUCAGUGCUGCUGGAAGUCCAGUCCAAUUUCUGUCUUCGCCCUGCUGAAGAUUAA